AAAAGGUGUUUUUUCACAAAGUGCACGAGAUAUGGAAUCUGUAACUAAUAAUAUGCCCGUGACGUUGUCAAACAUUAGACACGGUAGAACGUUGCUUUGGUCAAAUACAAAUAACAAAGAAGUUGAAGAAGGAUUAUCAAAUGAAUUUAACAGAACUAAACCGAGUCAUUAUCCUAUGUGUCCAAUAUAUAUUAAUCAAACAGAGUCCAUUCGUUUAGACAAUGAACUUCGACGUUGGAUCGGAGGUGAUCCUGAUCGAAAUAAUUGGACUGACUCUGUGGAAGCUGAUUUUGAAAUAAAAUCUUUAGUAGAGUUCUUAUUACCACCAGGAGCCCCUUCAUUUAUGAAAAAUAAAUUUGAUAAAAAUAAGAAACUUUUCCCUAAUAUAAAGUCUAAAAAUAAACCGAAAAUACAAACUGUUGCAUCGACUAACAGCAAUGCAGUUGAAGUAUUCUCACCAACUUCAAGAGAACACACUUCCUUAUUUGAUGCACUUGGAAGGCGCGAGGAUAGAUUCUAUGUCGUUUGGUUCAGCGAUGAACAUCUACUACUUCCGGCUUCAACACAGAAUAAUACUGUUAGACCGCGUAUGUCAUUGGUACUCCCUGCUGUGCCUGUUAAUGAUACUUAUUCGUCGCCACCGAAUCAUAUAACUAUGAUGCAAAUCGAUUGUGAAGUUACUGAUACCCAACUUCUGUACAUAAAAAAAUCUGUAAUUCCCAGACAUUUACGUAGUAAUAAUCGAUCAAAUAACAAGUCAUCAAAAAAUCAUGCGAAAGUAUCUCAACCGACGCAACCAGCAAACAUUACAAAAAAUUAUAAGCCAUAUUUUGUAAGAGAGAACAUCAGCAGUGAUUCUGUCGAAGAUAAGACAUUUAAGCAUCCUUAUACAAUCAAAAAUAAAGGUCUUUAUAAUAAUAAAGAUAAUUCUUAUAUACUGAAGGGUAAACUAUUGCAGGGGUUUGAGUCAAAUAACGUCAAGUAUACUCACUACGAGUUGAAGACUAAAAACCAUUCUUCACGCUCAGAUAUGUAUAUUUCAGAAGCGGAAAACUUAAAACCUCACCUUUAAACACAAAACGUUAGAAAGCAAAGAGGAACAUAUCUCCUCAAUUCCUGAUUUCAAAUUGUAUAUUGUUUAUAUACUUGAACCCCGGCUAUCGCAACCUUGGCUACGUAGAGGUUCACGUUUAGCGCUUGUGCCCACAAUGACACGCGCUAGGAUAGCGCCGUCAUCUGAAAUGAUCACAUGACCCUUUUUCUUCCUCUCACUCUCGAGCUCUUGCGAUAGCUAAAGGUCGGAAUGUAUACAUAUUCUAGAGAAGUGUAGAUACUCUACAGUGUUCGUGAAUAAGCUGGCAUUGCAGUCAUAUCUGAAAGGUAAUAUCGAUAGGUUUUCAUCCCUUAUUAGAAAAUGUAUCUUUUACAAUAUUGUAAAUGUGUACUUGAUAAUUAGUUUUAAAGCAUUGAUUUUAAAGUUAAUUCAUUCAUGUUUACAAAUUUCCAGAAAUGUUGUCGGAAAACCAGCAGAGUUAUUUAUCAAUUGCUUAAUUCCACAAAUUUGAAACUGAGUACAUGCUAUAAUCAUUUUUAAAGUAAUCUAAAUUUGUUAUAAUUAUUCACUAGAAACCAAAAUGUAAUUCACAUAUUUACAUGUGUAUUGUUUACUUCUGCAGAAGCAGUAAACGAAGAUUACCCACCUGUCUUAAUACUUAUUGUAAAUGUAGGUUCCUCUUAUACAGAAAUAAGAGACAUUUGAAAAAGCUAUAUUUCAGUAUUUUAUGGUUAAUGUACACGUUUAUAUUUCCGGAUAACAACACAAGAUUUGACAAUAUCAAGCUUAGGUUUGUGAUACUAUAACUUUUCAUUUGUUGCAUUUCUAAAAUAAGACAUGUAUUAUUGAAUGAUAUAUGACUAUUAGGCUUUAUUAGUUCAUGUAAGAGUACAUAAUACUUUUAUAACACUUACUUUAUAAAUAAAAAAAAAGGUUUUGUAAAGAUGAUGAUUACUGAAUAGUAAUGUUGUUGUGCGUUUUCGACGUUUUGUUUUUUAUUAUCAUAGUUAUUCAUGUAUGACACCAAGAAAAAUAAAGUGAAUGCAACAAUGA